AUGAGCAAAGAUUCCUCAGCCACGUAUCUUCACAUGCACCAGCCCAGGCUAGCUGACCUCUUCGAGGAAUUCACUAGACCACACCUUUCCGCCGCAGGCAUCUCGUCCGGCUCUGCACAGAGUCUGGCCCCGCCACCAGGCGCUCAUCAAGCCGCCAACGCCAACACCGCCGCCUAUGGAUUCACUUCCCCCGCGACCAUUCCCUCUUUCCUCCCCAUUGAAGACAUCUACCUGCAGCCGCAGUACCAGCCGUCUAACCCAGAGGAUGAAGAUGAUGUUGUACCGGAUCAACAUGCUGCGUUUGGUAUCGCACGGGCAAUGGAGCGCAGACGUGAAGCGAUCUGGAGGGAUCUCGGCCUCGAGGCUCUGGUGAAUGGCUACGGGCACGGUGGGGGUGGCGCUGGAUUGACGGCUGCAAAUGGUGGUGGUAGUGGCGGCGCGGGAGGUGCGAUGUCUGGAUCUGCGGCGACUUUGCGAGGGAGUAGUGGUGGGGCGGCGGCUGCUUCGUCGGCUGCGGUGCGAGUUCGCAAUGAAGGGAGGAAGAUGGGUGGUCGGCGGGUGGUCAAUAUGCGCUGA